AUGACUGAGCCGACCUACGUGAGGGAUGUCCAAAGACUUACUGGAAGGGUAGUAGCGCUCAAUCGCUUUAUAUCGAGGUCAGCUGAAAGGUGUUUUUCGUUCUUCAAAAAGCUGAGAAAAGUCCCAAACUUUGAAUGGAUCGAGGAUUGUCGAGAAGCUUUCAAAGAGCUCAAAUGCUACCUCAGCUCACCACAUGUGCUCAGUAGCCCAUUGGAAGGGGAAGAGCUCCUGAUCUACUUAUCAGCCUCAGAGCAAGCGGUUAGUGCAGUGCUGGUGAGAGUGGAAGGGGGAGAGCAAAAGCCAGUUUUCUAUGUCAGCAAAGUGCUCAAAGAUGCUGAGGUGAGAUAUCUUAAUAUCGAGAAAAUAGCAUAUGCUCUGUUGCUGGCAGUCAGAAAAUUCAGAGUUUAUUUAGAAAGCCACCAAGGAGUAGUAAUGACAGACCAGCCGUUGAAGAAGAUUCUCCAUAGGCCGGAAAUUUCAAGUUGGAUGCUCGCAUGGUCCAUUGAGACAGAACUGGGUGAGUCAUCUUUGGAAGCGUUGGGGAAUGAGAGAGAAGGGCAGUCCUCUCAAGAAUUCAGUUGGAAGCUGUAUGUAGAUGGGGCAUCUGGCGCUGGGGGCAGUGGCACAGGAGUAAUGUUGAAGGGACCUGAAGGAUUAAAAGUUUGCUACUCUCUGCGCCUAGAGUUCAAAGCCUCCAACAAUGUAGCAGAAUACGAGGCCCUGAUAAAUGGAAUGUUGGUAGCAAUAGAGGUAGGGGCAACCGACCUCGAGGUAAAUAGUGAUUCCCAAUUAGUGGUCAACCAGAUAACAGGGACAUAUCAGGCCAGAGACCCUACUAUGCAAAAUUACCUGGCAAAGGUAAAGGCCAUAGAAGCCGAGCUCAAGAGUCGGGGGAUCACUGUCAGAUACCAGAGAAUACCUCGGGAGGAGAAUGAAGAGGCGGACUUGCUCAGUCAGCUGUCUAAGGAAGAGCUGGAACAACUCCCUGACGAGGUAUACAUACAACACAUUAGCAUACCUGCUUUUGACAAAACGGACACUGUAAUGCAGGUUGAGCAAGGCCAAAACUGGAUGACCCCAUACUUGGAAUACCUUGAGAAGGGAAAGCUCCCUGAAGACAAAGAUGAAGCAAAGAAAAUAGCCGCUUGA